GUGAGAGGAUCCUGGGCUACGCGGAGGAGCCCUGUUACCUCUGGUUCGUCAUGGAGUUCUGCGAAGGGGGGGACCUCAACCAGUACGUGUUGUCACGAAGGCCGGAUCCGGCCACCAACAAGAGCUUCAUGCUGCAGCUGACCAGCGCCAUCGCCUUCCUGCACAAGAACCACAUCGUGCACCGGGACUUGAAACCAGACAACAUCCUGAUAACCGAGAAAUCCGGCACCCCGGUUCUCAAGGUGGCUGACUUUGGACUCAGCAAGGUCUGCGCUGGCCUGACUGCUCGGGGCAAGGAUGGGGGGAACAAUAACAAAAAUGUGAAUGUGAACAAGUACUGGCUGUCUUCGGCGUGUGGCUCGGAUUUCUACAUGGCUCCCGAGGUCUGGGAGGGACACUACACGGCCAAGGCUGACAUCUUCGCCCUUGGCAUCAUCAUCUGGGCCAUGAUUGAGAGGAUAACUUUCAUCGAUGCAGAGACCAAGAAGGAGCUGCUGGGGACCUACAUCAAGCAGGGAACAGAGAUUGUGCCCGUUGGGGAAGCGCUGCUAGAAAACCCAAAGAUGGAGCUGCACAUCCCUCAGAAACGCAGGACUUCCAUGUCUGAGGGCAUCAAGCAACUCUUGAAAGACAUGUUGGCUGCUAACCCACAGGAUCGACCUGAUGCCUUUGAGCUUGAAACCAGAAUGGACCAGGUUACGUGUGCUGCUUAAAUUCAGGGCAGGGCACUGCUGUGCUUUGCAGCUGGGUUUAUUUACCAGGGACUCAUAAUCUCCAUUAUUUUGUGCAACUAAGGAAGCUGAAGACAAGGGAAGAAGGUGAUACAGAAGACUCCUGGCCUGCAGGAUCUUUGGCAAUGUGAAAUCUCUGGGUGUUGUUUUGCUGGG